UCGGUCCUCCCCUUCCGAUCCCCAUCUCCCUCCGCCGCCACUUCUCUUUCUCGCUCUCACUUCCUCCGCCUUCUCCUCCCAAAUGCUUGCGAUUUGUCCGCGAAAGCUUGCAGCUUGUCCCACCCAGCUCACCAAUUUCUGGGUCCUCUACGCCGCUUCCCCGAACCACUCUCCAGUCUCCACUCCUCCCACCCAGCACACGCAGACGCAGUCACAAGCUAAGCUAGAGAUCCAUGGCGCGUGCUGUGGUGAGCGCUGUAGUAGGCCCACUGGGUCCCCUACUGGAGAAGCUCAACGCUCUCCACGCCGGCGAGUAUGGCCGCAUGAGGGGGGUCCGCACUCUCAUCGGCUCCCUCAGAUCUGAGCUCACCAGCAUGCAUGCUACCGUAAAAGAUUACGAUCCCGAGAUGCUAGAAGAACAAGCCGUCGAAGUGAAGACAUGGAUAGCAUUGCUCAGGGAGUUGGCCUAUGACACCGAGUAUUGCAUCGACAAGUUCAUUCACCAGCUCGGCAGUGACGGCCGUCAUGGCGGCUUCAAGGAGUUUUUCCGCAAGGCCGCCCGUAAUCUGAAGACGCUUUUGUCUCUGCGUGGAAUCGCCGGUCAAAUCGACCAACUCAAGGUUCGUAUCAAUGAAGUGAAAGACUUAAAAAAUAGUUCCAAGCUAGAUGAUACCCUUUGUAGCACCCAUAAAGCCGUGGAUCCCCGUCUGGUUGACCUUUUAGCUAAGGAUGUGCACCUUGUGGGUUUGGAUGGUCCAAGAGACGAUAUUGCCAAAUGGAUGCUAGAAGGAAACAGCUCAUCUAAUAAUUGCAAGGUGUUGUCUAUUAUUGGGUUUGGUGGGUUGGGAAAAACUGCCCUAGCGAGCGAAAUCUACCGCAAGAUUGAAACUCAUUUUCAUUUUAGGGCUUUUGUAUCAGUUUCGCAAAAACCAAGUAUUAAGAGUAUUAUCAAGGAUGUGAUCUACAAAGUGCCUUGUCCAGAUGGAUUUAUAAAAGAUAUCGAUGUUUGGGAUGAAAUGACAUCUAUUGCAAAGUUGAGAGAGCUACUACAAGAUAAGAGGUAUCUCGUCAUAGUUGAUGACAUAUGGUCUAGACAAGCAUGGAACACCAUCAAGUGUGCUUUUCCAGAGAAUAAUUGUUCGAGCAGAAUUAUCACUACCACACGCAUUGUUGAGGUAGCAUUGGCAUGUUGUGUUGGCCGUGAGGACCGCGUGUAUGAAAUGAAAGCCCUGAGUGAUGUUCACUCUAAAAGUUUGUUUUUCAAAAGAAUAUUUGGCUCUGAAGACUGCCCUGAUUCCCUGAAAGAAGUUUCAAAUAAAAUCCUUAAAAAAUGUGGAGGCCUACCAUUGGCAAUUGUAAGUAUAUCUGGUCUUCUAGCAAACAAACCAGCUGUCAAAGAGGACUGGGAGCAGGUCAAAAGGUCAAUUGGGUCUGCAAUGGAAAAAACCCGGUCUCUGGAGGGAAUGCGUAGCAUACUAUCCCUUUCGUACAAUGAUCUUUCACUUCCUCUCAGGGCAUGCUUAUUGUACCUAAGUAUAUUUCCUGAGGACUAUGUGAUUGAAAGAGAGAGACUAGUGAGACUAUGGAUAGCAGAAGGACUUAUCUCUGAAGAGAAUGGACGGAGCAGACAAGAGGUUGCCGAGAACUACUUUUACAUGCUUAUCAAUAAAAGCAUGAUCUUACCAGUGGAUAUUGGCUAUGAUGGUAAGGCUCGUGCUUGUCGAGUUCAUGACAUGAUUCUUGAACUUAUUAUUUCAAAAUCCACUGAAGAUAAUUUUACCACAUUGGUAAGCACUGGGCUACAUGGUUUGGUAAAUCGACAAGGUUUUAUUCGACGGCUAUCUGUCCAGCACAUUGACCAGGAGCUUGCAUCUGCACUAGCAAAUGAAGAUCUAAGCCACGUACGAUCUCUAAUAGUGACAGCAUCUGCAGGUUGCAUCAAACUCUUGCCUAGUCUUGUUAAAUUUGGAGGUUUACAUGUAUUGGAUGUUGAAGAUUGCGUUGGUUUGGAGGAUUAUAUUAUGAAUGACAUUGACAAAUUAUUUCGACUGAAGUACCUGUGUCUUAGUGGAAAGUCCAUAUCAGAGUUACCAUCAGGGACCGUGGAGCUAGGCAAUUUAGAGACCCUAGAUCUGCGGAACACAUCCGUGCAGGAGUUGCCAGAUGGAACUUUUAAGUUCACUAAACUAGAGCACCUGCAUGGUGCAGGGCAAACAAAGAUACCAAACGGCCUUGGGGGUAUGAGGAACUUACGGGUGAUCUCAAGCUUUAAUGUUUCACGGAGUGAAACAGAUGCGGUGGAGGAGCUCGCGAACAUGAUAAAUUUGGAUGAACUCAAAGUAUACCUCGAUAGUGGAAGAUCUGACAAGUGCAAGAAGCAUGAAGAGCUGUUAUUCUCCUUGUUAUGCAAGCUAGGCACCUGCAAACUCCGAUCUCUAUGGAUACAUAAGCCUGGUGGUUCCCUUGAGUUGUUAGAUUCUUGGUCCCUUCUACCAUCUUCCCUUCAAAUAUUUCGUAUCUCCGGUGACUAUUGUUUCAUGAAUAUUCCAAAGUGGACUGCACCGGCACUCACCAGUCUUGCUUACCUGGAGAUCAGCUUAACUGAAUUAAAGGAGGAGGAUCUGCACACUCUUGGUGAACUUGCAAGCUUACUUUAUCUGAAACUGUCCUUCGUAGCCGACCCAGUUGAACUGAUCGAAGUCCAAGCAAGUACCGGAUUUCAGUGCCUCAUUAAGUUUGUCAUCUACAGUGUGGCUGGGGCGCACGUUAAGUUCAUGGAAGGAGCUAUGCCGAAGCUUGAGAAGCUUAAUUUGCGACUGCAUGUGUCACUGGCAAGACAUUCUGGCUUCGAAUUAGGUUUUCAGCAUCUUUCAUCUCUCAGAGAAGCAGUAUUAAGUUUUUACAGAGUGGAUGUAACACCUUCCGAAAUCAAGGCUGCCGCUGCUGCCAUCAGGAAAGAAGCAUGCAUCCACCCGAACCGUCCCGCAAUUGAUAUUUCAGAGGAAUUCUAUGGAAAGUAUAACGAGAUCGGCAGUGACGAGGAGGACUUGAGGUAGCCGAAUAUGGUGACACCUCAUCCUAUGAAAUGCAAGAGGACACGAGGUGCGGUUGGCUAGCCUUUUGCUUGGAAAGGUCAUACUGAAGGACUAACCGAAGCUAGUACUAUUCAGUGUACUUCCAGAUGAGAGCAUUGAUAUGGAAGCUGAAGCACAAUUACCUUCAGAAAGUGUGCUCUCAGUCGCUACUCACUACCUGUGUUGUGUUUGCUUCUUAUUGUUUCCUUUAUUAUUACUUUUGGUAGCUGAGACUUAAUCUCCAGGUGCAUCUUGGAUCAUGUUUUUUCUUUUAUUUCCAAUAAUUUGUGCUGAAACAGUUGGUGUGCAGUAUUGACUGUAUUGUGUAUCAUGCAGUAUUUUACGACAGUACAAUAAUUUGUGCUGGAACAGUUGGUGUGCAGCAGCUACCUAUUACAAGUUCUCUCUUUAUUUUAUUUUA